GAGCGGCAGUAUGUAAACACCCUCUCGGAAGACUGGAGCGCAAAAUGAAAGACGUAGUGAUGACAUUUGCGUAGGGUUCUGAAGAGAACGGGGUUCACUCGUUAGCAUCGUAGCUCUGGGUGAAAAAACAGGCCUUGAGAAUAAAUAGUUGUGGGAACCAAAAAGAGCCUGAGAGUCUCUCAGCACCAAUGGAGAAACAUUCCACCUGUGUGAUGCUCAUUCUGGCAUUCCUGCAAACAGGCAGAACCAACAACAGGAUUUCCAUCAAGCAAAGACAAGAGCGCACGUCCCUGGUUGUGACCUGUGACCUCAGCGGUGAAGACAAUAUUGUCCAGAUAAACUGGGAAAAGAUGAAUGGUUCCAGUCGUGCAAUAGUGGGCAUCAUGCACCCGAAGUACGGCGUUCACAUUCCCAGCGAGUACAUGGGCAGCAUUGAGAUCCUAGAAAGUUCCCAUUUCAACACGUCCUCACUCAUUCUGAACCAAGCGGAUGAAAAUAAUGGCACCUGCUACUGCUGCAUAUUCAUCACCUUUCCCUCUGGGAAUCUGCCUGGCUGCAUAGAGGUGGCCAACAUGAAAACUGCAGCACCAGCUCCUCAGCAAGGAUUCCAGGUUCCUCCAGAGCGGCUUCUGCUGGGAGGCUCCGUCAUUCUCGUCGUCGUCGUCGUCGUCGCCACAAUAUACCUCAGCUGGCAGCAUUUCUGCAGCAGGAGACGAGUGUUUCAGGUGCAUCAGACAAGCCGAUUGCAUGAAGAGGACGAUAUUCAGGAAUCUACAGAAGCAUCCCCACAGCGGCUGGCUGACAAUGAAUCGCCUGAGGCUUUUGACCCUUCAAAACUUUAUGCACAAAUAAAAAUUGACCGCUACUACGAGAGACUGUGGAAGGCUUGCCAAGCUGCCAAGUUUGGCCUGUCUCCAUUGGCCGAAUCAGGUGCCCGCAAGAUCUACUAUCUCCUGGGCGAGCAUAAGCCACCACAGAGUGAUCAGAAGAAAGAGGAGUUCCUUCAGAUAUGAGCUAUAGGAGGUAUGAGCAGAUAUGAAACUUUCUGGACAGGUAUUACUUUUUUUUCCUGUUUUGUCAUUUUAAAUCAUUUAAAUCAAAUGUAUCUUUUUACUGGAAACAUCUAAGUGUUCCUGUUUCAUUACAGACUUGGAUUGUCUAUGGUCAUAUCCUACAGAGUACCACAUGGAAAUGAAAGUUACUUUUGUAUAUAAACAGCGUUCAAUAAAAUAAAAAAAAUCUAUUCAGCAUUGUUUGAAGCACCGCAGAUUAUAAGGCACGGACUGAAAUGCAAGGACACAGAUGCAGCACUACAACCGGAUAUGCGUAAAUGAAUGCUUACACGCAGAAUGUGCGCAUGAACGUUAACGAUCAUCAAAGAGCAGCAGUUUUCCGUCACUCAGGAAGUGGAAGGUUUUUUCAAUGACACUCCAAAAUUUACACACGGCUUCCUUUUUUUCCACUUACGUAGCUCUUGGCUGAGCUGAUACGAUAUUUAAAAAUAGAUGUUUAAAUGAUAAUAAUGCCUUUUCCAUUUUGACAGUUUCUAUGUACGCUUACAAGCGGCACACACACUAAUGAAAAAGGCGGCUAAAGGCAGUGAUUGCGUCAAGCUGCAUAUGAAGGAAAA